CAGGCUCACUUCACCUCAUCGUAUGCAGGUAGGAGGCCAGAAAGGCGCUGAAAUGGGCGUGGUCUCUCAAACGGCCUCACGCGGAAAGAACGACCACGGCACGAAAUACAAAAAAAAGAAGAAGAAGAGAGAAAGCGGAGGCAGGGGACUAAAGCGACGCAGCGUGCGGGUGGUGCGCGAGGUUGCCUCUCGUUUUUUAGUCCGCAGUUUGACGCGCUCCUGAUGUGGCGGCGGUGAGACCAGCGCAUCAUGUCGGAGCCUCCGGAGCCCAGCCAGGAGAUCGCCGAGUGGCUCUCCGCCCUCCGCCUGUCCCAGUACGCCGCGUGCUUCCAGCGGGGAGGCUAUCGAGCUCUCAAGGACUGCAAGCACCUCACCGAUGAGCAGCUCCUGGGGCUGAAGGUGUUUCCGACGGGCCACCGCAGGCGCCUCCUCCGGAGUCUGGAAGCGCUGCGGGUGGAGGAGGAGGAGGAGGAGGAGGAGGAGGAGGAGGCGAGCGGCGGCGGUGAGGAAGGGGACGGCGAAAAGGGCGAGGAGGCGAGCGGGAAGCCCCUGCUGCACCCGAGGCGCGUCUUCCUGAAGGACAAAAGGGGCAACUCAUGUCAGCAUCUGCCGAAGGAGAGCAGGGGUCGCGAGCCGGAGGGGAGCCAAACGCUGCCUCCGGGGGCCGGACUGGGAACGCAGAGCGGGGACGCUGUCCCCGCGCCGCGGCCGGCCCCGCGCGACCCCAAGAACAUCCAGAGAGCCCUGCCGGAGCGGCCCAGUGUCCCUGCCCCUGUGUCCUUCUCCACCACCAGUAGCACCACCACCACCACCACCACCAGCAGCAGCAGCAGCAGCAGCGAGUCCCUCUCCCUUUCCGAGCUUACCUCCGACGUGGAGAUGUCCCCCGGGGGCGCCCCCCCAUCCUCGUUCCCCGAGGACAAAUUUGUCUUCCAGGGCGACAUGGUGGACAACUCCAUCUACGAGGCCACGGCCCCCCGGCGCCCGCCGCCGGUCACUCGCUCCUUCCGGCUGAGGCACCGGCCCGUCCCUGAGAUCCCGGAACACCCCGCCCCGCCGCUUCCGGAGAGGACGCCAACGUCCAGCGCCGAGCACCCAGCCGAAGGUCCCGCCGGCGGCGACGGCGCACGGGAAGCUCCACUGCCGAGGACCCCGACCCUCAUUGCUCCCUACGGAGAGCUGUUCCUGUACAACAACCCCGAAAGCACUCCGGACGCCGGCGCCAAGGACGGGCCGCAGAGCGGCUUCAAGGACAAGACGAGACAGAAGAAACAGAGGAAGAUGCCUGGGCGGAAACGGUCCAAGGACAAAGAUCUCCCCCCCGCCCGAGCUCCGGACGCCCACGAAGACAAAUACUCCACCGUGAACAGGUCGGCCGGCGCUCCAAACCGAAGCUUGCCGGCGAACCCCGAGGGUCCGGCUGCCCCCAGCAGCGGCGGCGGCGGCGGCACGUUGGUGAUGGUGGAGUGCGACGACUAUAAAGCGGGCCUGGCUAUCGCCGAGUUGGAACUGACGGCCGCCAACAUCCGAGACGCGGACCGCCGGGGCUUUGAAAUCAACACGCCCUUCAAGAACUUCUGCUUCACCGCCGAGUCGGAGCGGGAGAAGGAGGAGUGGAUCGAGGCGGUCCAGGAAUCGAUCGCCGAGACGCUCUCCGACUACGAAGUGGCGGAGAAGAUCUGGUUCAACGAGGCCAACCGGAGCUGCGCCGACUGCCGCGCCCCCCAGCCGGAGUGGGCCUCCGUCAACCUGGGCGUGGUUGUCUGCAAGAAGUGUGCAGGGCAACAUCGCUCCCUCGGCCCGAGCAUUUCCAAAGUGCGGAGCUUGAAGUUGGACAGCAGCAUCUGGAGCAACGAGCUGGUGGAGCUCUUCUUGGAGGCAGGCAACAAGAAUACAAACAGUUUCUGGGCGGCCAACCUCCCCCCGGAGGAGGAGAUCCACAGCGGCGCUUCGGAGGAGCAGCGCGCCACCUUCGUCCGCCGGAAGUACCGGGAGAGGAAGUACCGCCGGGCGCUGGAGGGCUUUCACGACCCGGAGCAUCUCAACCAGGCCCUGUGCGCGGCCGUGGUGUCUCCUGACCUCCUGCUGACCAUGGCGCUGGUGUUCAGCGGGGCGGACGUCAUGUGCGCCACCGGGGACCCGGCCUCCUCCACCCCGUACCUCCUGGCCCAGCGCGCGGGACAGAAGCUGCAGAUGGAGUUCCUACACCAGAACAAACUCUCUGACUUCCCCAGACCGGAGCAGUGGUCGGAGAGCCCCUCCCCGUCUGACGCCUCCCUCUUCAUGGACGGCUUCCUCUACAUCUCCGCCGGGCCGGCCAAGACCUCGCUGGACCGCCGCGGAAGAGACGACAUGGCGCGGCGCUGGUGCACGCUGGAGGGCGGCUCGCUGAGCUUCUACGAGAGCGAGCGCAGCGCGGCGGCCGCCGGCCGGGUGGACGUCUCGCAGGUGGUCAGCCUGGCCGUCAGCCACACGGAGACGAUGACCGGAGCCGGGCACGUGUCUCCCGGCAUGCGAUCGGCCGAGCUGGCGGCGGCGGCGCUGAGCGGGAGGAACGCCGGCUUCGCCGCCGACGCGUCCUGGACGACGUUUGAGGUCAUCGAGAACGGAGAGUUGGAGCGGCCGCUGCACCCGAAUGAGAAAAUCCUGGAGCAGGUGCUGGAGUGGAGCGCGCUGGAGUUCCCACGCUCCGCUUUCCUCGUCAUCAAGAAGUUCGGCUGGGACGAGGCGGCGUGCGGUGAGCGAGACCGGGGGCGGCUGACGAAAGGCGAGCAGCUGAAGUUCAGCGACGGCUCCUCCAAGCUGCUGUCGGGGCACAAGUUCCAGGACAAACACGCGGUGCUGCGCGGCGACAAGCUGCUGCUCUACAGGGACGCCAAAGGCACUAAAGCGGAGAAAGUCAUCCAACUCGGCCCCGUGAAAUGCUAUUUUGGCCUGAGGAAGAAGCUCAAACCUCCAACCAGCUGGGGCUUCACCAUCCACACCGACAAACAACAAUGGCAUUUCUGCUGCGAGACGAGGGAGGCGCAGGUCGGCUGGGUGACUGCCGUGGUCAGGAUGACGGCGGGUACCUCGAGAGAGGCGCCGCGUCCCAAAUCCUUCCGGGGGGGAGCCGCGGCCGGAAGCCAGACGAUCCCACGCGACCGCGGCGCCACCAAGCAGCCCCCGCCGCAGCCCCCGCCGCCAACGAACGAGCGGAUCUCGGAGCGCCCGACGCCGACCAGGGAGGCCCCCCUCUCCCGCGGGACAAACGCCGCCCCCGCCGCCGUCGCCGCCGUCGCCGCCAACCGCGCCGACCACAGAGACUUGUUAAAGGCCCCGCAGCUGCCGCUGCGACGAUCCUCGCUGGACGCCGGCGGGGGGCCUCACCAGCCGCCGCCCCCGCCCAGGCACUCGAAGCCCGUGGCGUUGCCCCCCGCCGCUGCGGGCGGCUGCAGGACCCUCGGCAGGAGACCGGUCCUGGGCGGCGAGGUCGCCAUGCCCUCUAACCUGUUGAGCGAGCUCAGCUCGGUGCUGAGCAAGACCAGCCGCGCCGCCAAGAGCGGUGAUUGACAGGGGGCCCGGCAGAGGAGGAGGAGGGCGCCGAGGAGGGACGGACGGACGGACGGACGGACGGACGGACGCGUGAGGGCCGCCCGGAGAGACUGACCUCUUAACUUGUGUGUGAGGGCACGAGGGGGGUGAUGAUGAAAGCGGGUGCGGGGGUGGGGGGGGACUUUGGAGGUCACGCAGACCGCUUGGACACGCUGACCCCGGCACUACAAAGCGUGACUUAAUACGCCGCUUCCCCCCCCCCCCCCCCUGAAAAAAAAAAACCCAGGGAAAAGCUACCGAGAGCACGACUGUGUGACACUUUACAGUACGUGAGGUUUUAUUCCCAAACAUGCAUAUCAAGUUUAAAAAAAAAAGAUGUGUAGGUUUUCGGGCCACUUUG